AAAACACUAGCGGCCGCGUCCCGGGAAGCGUGUCCCGCACAGGCUGCCGUAGCGAGGCUCUUCAGCUGCGUCCGGGGAACAUGGCGGCCCCCGAGUGUGGGCCUGCUUCGGGUCCCAGCAGCGACAAGGGCGAGGAGGAGACGAUUCUCUAUGACUUGUUGGUCAACACCGAGUGGCCUCCAGAGACAGAAGUGCAGCCUCGCGGUAACCGUAAACAUGGUGCAUCAUUUAUCAUCACAAAAGCAAUCAGAGAUUAUUUAUUAUUUUUGCGCCAAUACCUCUGGUACAGCCCUGCUCCUUUUUUACUCCCUGAUGGCCUGGUUCGCUUGGUGAAUAGACAGAUAAGCUGGCAUUUGGUCCUUGCAAGCAACGGGAAGCUGCUGGCUGCUGUUCAGGACCAGUGUGUGGAGAUCAGGUCUGCAAAAGAUGAUUUUACGUCUAUUAUUGGGAAAUGUCAAGUUCCGAAAGACCCCAAGCCCCAGUGGAGACGGGUGGCUUGGAGCUAUGAUUGUACGCUGCUGGCCUACGCAGAGAGCACGGGCACUGUGCGGGUGUUCAACCUCAUGGGAAGCGAGCUGUUUGUCAUUGCCCCGGCAUCGAGUUUUGCUGGUGAUUUGAGCUGUGCCAUCGCCGGGUUGAUAUUUUUAGAAUACAAAGCCAGUGCGCAGUGGUUAGCAGAACUCUUGGUCAUCAAUUACCGAGGAGAACUCAGAAGUUACCUUGUCAGUGUUGAAACAAAUCAGAGCUACCAAGAGAGUCACAGUUUCAGCUUCAGUAGUCAUUAUCCUCAUGGAAUCAGUACUGCGAUUUACCACCCUGCUCACAGACUUCUGCUUGUGGGUGGCUGUGAAGCCUCAGAGCCAGGCAUCUCGAAGGCAGCCAGCUGCGGCCUGUCUGCGUGGAGAGUCCUCUCAGGGUCACCAUAUUACAAGCAGGUCGCCAGCGGUGGAGACAGGGUCACAGUGGGUCUUCAGGACUCAUCUGCUCAGGACUCGGCACCUAGGAAGCUAGUGAAGCAGCUAAGGACCAGGGCCAUGGAUGCGAGCGAGGAGGCCACGGGAACCCCAGCUGGCCCCACAGUACCCCAGGGGCUGCUGGAGGAAAUGAUUUGGUUUUUCCGUGUAGAAGAUGCGGCUGCUUGGAAUUACUCCAUCCUUGCGCUGACAGCCGUGGUGGUCGCCUUCAGCUUGUUCCUCCUGGUCAGGAAUGUCCAGGCCAACAGAAACCGAAAGCUGCAGCCACAAGACAAAGAAACACCUGCGCUCCUGCAUCUAAAGGAGGCCAGAACCAGUGGCAACAACAACAGCCUAAACAACCUAGGAGAGAUACUGCUCACAGAAAAGCCAGCCCUGGUCCCGCUGUGGACUGAAUUAAAGGAGCAAGAAACUGAGAGCUAGAGCAGGCGCGGCCCACACAACACUGCCGGAGACGGAGACGGGGCUCCCCACAGCCAGACGUCAGGGCUUCCUCCCCCAGCAGCCUGCUUUUAUCAGCAGAUACAAUGAACUGCAGUCAAACAGUGCUCCUGAUAGUUAAAAAAAUCUUUUAUUAAAAAUGCUUCUGGUAGUGGGCA